UUCAGCCUUCAGCGCGUGGGACUCACUAAAAAGCGGCCAGUGUAUGUCAAGUGAUGGCAUGGUAGAAUUCGCUUUCACACACAGACAGGUCCAGCUUCAGUUCAUUUCCCACUAGUGACGGUCCACGGCGGUGUGUGAGGAGGCAAUCAUGUCCGUGGACGACGUGUACGUGCUGCGACCCUUCAAGCUCAUCGCUCUGCUGUGCGUCUUCUUGGCUUUGUGUCUGGACUUGGUGGCUCUGCUCAGUCCAGCCUGGGUUACCGCCGACCACUUUUCUCUGUCUUUGUGGGAGUCAUGCUCUCAGUCCGAGGCCAGGCAGCCUGAAGAGGACUCUUCGUGGAGCUGCUUCUCCACCCUCACUUCCGACUGGCAGAUUGCCACCUUGGUGCUGCUGGUGGUUGGCGCCGUGGCGACCCUGGUGGCCUUUCUGGUGGGGCUCAUUUCGCUGUGCCACGGCACGCAGAGAAAGCACUACCGCACGGUGGCCGUGUUCCUCUUCACUGCAGUUGUGCUGCAGGCCUGCGCCUUGGUCUUGUACCCCAUCAAGUUCAUCGACGGGACGGUCCUGCAGACGUAUCACGAGUUCAACUGGGGCUACGGCCUGGGCUGGGGAGCGACCAUCUUCAUGCUGGGCGGAGGAGUCCUCUUCUGCUUGCGGACGGACAUAUACGAGGACGCCAUGUACUGACCUGGCAGCCUCUCUCUCCACACACACACACACACACACACACACACACACACACACACACACACACACACACACACACACACACACAACUCUAACUGUACAUAGAACUCUCUUGGUUAUUUUUAGUCAGACAGCGAAGACCCUAAACUAGGCCAGGCCUGUUUGUAUAGAGCCCCCUCUCACUACUGCCCCAACACCUCACUCGGUAUCGGAGGGAGUUUUCUGAAUGAGCACGAGUUGCUGGACCUUUCCACCGCAUGGUGACCUACAUGGCUGUCCAUUGUCGGACAAACAGAGGACGGUCUCCUGAACAUUUAAAGGCACCGCUGUGUUAUUCCUGUAGCGUUUCGUCAUGGCACCACUAUCCUCUAACAUAUAUUUACUAAGUGAGCUUUCAUAUAUGCUGGAUAUUUAUAGUUGGUCUCAUAUAAUGUAAAUGUGUAAAAAGUGUUUCUACAUGAAGGACGUUCUUAAAUAAAUUUUUAAAAGGUGACGUUUUUGAUUGUUG